AUGGCCUCGCUACCCGACGACAUCGGCCUGAUUGAUACUCUCCAGUACCUGCACCUGGACGCUCUUGAUGAGCUCAACGUGCUUCGGGACUCCGUUGGACUGCUCUCCGGUCUUAAGGAGCUGAAAGUCGUUGACUGCCCCCACUUGGAAUGUUUCCCGGAGUCUGUUUCCGCCAUGGGGUCUCUCACCAGCCUCGUUCUCGACUGCUGUGCUGUUUGUGAGCUGCCUGAAGACAUCGGGCAGCUUCAGAGCUUGACAUUGUUGAAGCUGUCUUGCGCCUGGAUAUUGGCGCUCCCGGAAUCUUUCGGGCAGCUUGGGAAGCUGAGGGAGCUGAUGCUGCAUGCGUGCUACGAAUUGACUGACCUUCCAGACUCCUUCUCUAACCUCUCUUCACUGGAAUGUUUGGAGAUCUAUGGUGGAACCUGUAUUGAAAUGCCGCCUGUUGGGUUUGAGCAGCUGCUGCAGCUGAGGAGAUUGGAGCUGUUUAACUGCUCCAUUACCGAACUGCCUGAAGAUUUUGGAGACUUAGCGAACUUGAAAGAAUUUAAGAUUGGUACCAGGGAUACUUACACCAGGAGGGGGUUCGAUGUUGACAUUUUCUUAACUUCUGGUCCGAGAAAUCCGGAAGCAGAGGUUGCUUCUGAGUCUGCCUUAAGCGGGUCAUGCGCUCUUCGUGCUCUUCCACACUCGCUAGUUAACCUCCCCCGUCUGGAGCUGCUGAUAAUCGACGGAUGCGAGGAGCUAGUGGAGCUGCCAAUAGGCAUGGGCAAUCUGUCCAGCCUUACAGCUCUUGAGAGAGCUCGCUACCUGCCAGAGUCCUUUCUUUCCCUCAGCCGCCUCACCAGUCUGAAGAUCCAAGGCCUCCAAUCCCUCCAGCAGCUGAUAGCCCCUCUGUCCUUACACCAAAAUCCAUCCAAAAGGAAGGGGGAAGCCGCGCCUCAUGUUCCUCCUGAAAACUCGAGUCCUAUGCUCCCCGAAUCCAUCAGGCAAGCUAGGUUGGAGCUCCUAUCCUCUCUCACCUUCCUCCACAUCAGCAAUACCAGGUUGCCUUCGCUCCCAGAUAACCUGAGUGAUCUGAGAGGGCUGAAAGUACUUGUUCUAGAGGAGUGCCCUGCCAUGCCACUCCUUCCUGCCUGCCUCUCCGACCUUUCCAAUCUUGAACGGCUCUCCAUCAAGACUCUCCCGCUACUUACCAACCUGCCCGAGAACCUUGGGCAGCUGAAGGUUCUCAGCCUGCAUCUUGAAUCAUGCAAGGAGUUGCAAGGCCUUCCUGCUUCCCUCACUCUCAUGACCUCCCUCAUAUGCCUCAGCAUUGUUGACUGUUCCCGCAUCACCAGCCUUCCAGAUUCCAUUUCCUCUCUCUUCCACCUCGCAUCUCUAAAGCUGAACCACCUGCCUGGUCUGAACCUUCUCCCGCCCACUCUCCCCCUCCUCUCGUCCCUUGUCAAACUUUCUCUAAGAGAGUGCACUGGAUUACGUGCUCUGCCCAGCAACUUGGGCAGUUUGUCCUGUCUGAGGGAGGUGGAUCUGGACGGGUGCUUGCAGCUAGAGGUACAGCUGAUGCUUCUGUGGGAGGGUGGGGCGGAUGGUGGUGUUGGGGAAGCUGCUGGUGCUGGGGGCAGUGCCGAUGCAGGCCAUUGUGGCAUGAUGCAUGGGAUGGGGGGAAUGGUAGGCAUUCCGAAUGGGAUGUGA